UGACGCAGCUUCCAUUUGAAUAAUUUAUUGGUUACUUCAUCCUUUUCGACCAUAAUUUUAACUUCGUCCACCAUUUUACUUAGUUGUCUAAGAAUAAUCGUUUAAUGAUGCUCAGAAUUUUAACUUAAGUGUUCUGCGUUACUGAACACGGCCCAGGAAACCUGACUAUCUGACAACAGCAAACAGCUGCAAUGACGUUUUCUUUACUACCCAAACAAUCGUGUAACUCUCGCUACAAAACCUUGCUCUUCUCGUAUCAUUAUCAAGCAUGUAUCAAACGCAAUUUUUGCAUACAAUACAUUAAUGCGAAGAACGUUGAUAGCACACUGGUACAUUAGCAAACCCUGUGCCCUUAUCUUUUGCCUUUUCAGUAAGAUAAUGAUUGAUCCAUUUCUGAUAUAUCUAGUAUUACAGGAGGAUAACAAUAGCCGUUUUUAACGUUAAUUCGAAUCGCUACGCAACAAUAAAAUUUUCUUGUUGAGAGAGGAUCGAUUGUUUACUCGUGUAAAUAUUUAUUGCAUUUUAUCGAGUUUUGCUUCAUUUGCAGCGAUAUUUAAGUAAGUUUAGACUACGAUCUUUUUAGAAUUAAAUACUUUUUAACUUUAAUUGGAAAAUAUACAGGACCUGCACACGAAAACAGUAAGUUAAUUUAUCAAAAUCCAUCAUUUUUUCCUGUAUUUAUACACAACUUAAGUGGAUACGAUGCACAUUUGUUUGUAAAAGAACUUGGAUAUGAUAAGAAGAAAAUUGAUUUAAUUCCAGAUAAUGAAGAAAAACAUAUUCAUUUUUUUUAACACGUUUAAACUGAAAUUUGAAUCGGAAUAAAAAUUUGAAAGUAAGAGUUUCAAAGAAACUAUUGCAGAAAAUAGAAUAAGCCGAAAAUUAUAUGAAUAAAUUUUGUCUCAAACCAAAAAAAAUACAAUCAACUUUACUGUGAAGAUUUGUGAUUUUAUUAUGGAGGAAUCUAAUCCAGUGAAAGUUGCAGUUCAGGUUCAACCUCUCUUACCAGAAGAAAUAAUAGAUGGUGCCACUUCCGGUAUAAACGUUUUGUUUGAAAAAUCUCAGAUUUUGGUACCUUCUGGUAAAAAGUUUAGUUUUGAUUAUGUGUUUGAUGAGAGAGGCACACAAGAACAAUUAUAUAGGAUAAGUGUACAACCACUCUUGGAAAAAGUGAGAAAAGGUUGUAAUGGAACAAUAUUGACAUAUGGUCAAACAAAUACUGGAGAAUCAUAUACAAUGGGAAUUGAUUCAGCCAUUCAAAAUAAAGGAAUCAUCCUUCAUGUUUUAAAUGAUCUUUUUGGUUUUGCUAAAGAAAUGUCAAAUGUCCAAAUUUCCAUAGAUGUUUCAUUUAUUGAAAUUCAUAAUAAAGAAAUUUAUGAUCUUCUUUCUGAGAGAAAGAAGAAAAUUCAAAUUCAAGAAUUUUCAAAUAAAACAAAGUUACUUGAUGUGAGCAUAAUUAAUGUAUCAAGUACAGAUGAUGCACUUCGUUGGUUGGAAAAAGGAGCAACUAUUCGAAAUACUGUUUCCACAACCACUUACUUGCAUUCCAAUAUAUCACAUGUAAUAUUUAUUGUAUAUAUACAUCAUAAUCAGAGUACAUCUAAACUUUGUUUUGUGGACUUGGCUUCAUCAGAAAUAACUCAAAGUAAAAUUCCAAAUAUAUCUAGAGAAGGUAUUCAAGUAAACUUAGGAUUGCUUACAUUGGUUCAUGUAAUGAACUCUUUAAAUAACAAACAUCAAAAAACUCAUAAACCAUACAGAAAUUCGCUAUUAACUCGAGUCCUGAAAGAUUGUCUGAAUGAAGAAACAGUUACAUUAUUAAUAGCAUAUAUUAGUUCUGCAGACACGUGCAUGAAAGAAACAAUGAAUACUCUUCGUUAUGCAUUAAGAGCUCGUUGUGUUAAAGAUACUAUUAUUCCAAAGAAAUCGAAUUUUACUAUUUUAGAAUCGUCCUCAGCUACUGAAAAUUAUCCAUUGACUGAAUUGGAAAAUAUAAAUUCUUCUCAUAUGCUUGCAAGUAUUUCACAACCAUGCUCACCUAAACUUGAAAGUGAACAGAUUUCAGUAUUAAAUAAAACUUUAGAAGACAUAUCAAAUACAACUAAAUGGAACAAUAGUGAAAAUGUAUCAAGAAGAAAAUCUCAACGUUUAUGGGAAAAGAAAACAAUUGUUAAAAAUCCAGAUGAUUCAGCAAUUUUUAUUUUUGAAAAUUCUUUUCUUUCUUGUAAGAUGCCAACUAAGAAUAACUUUAAAAAAGUUCAACGGAAACAAAAUAAAGCUAUAUUAAAGUUUUUAAAUAAAGGAACAAAAACCGACUUGCAAACACUUCCUUUCAUUGGAGAGAAGAGAGCUUUGGCUAUCGAAACUCACAGAAACACUCACGGACCCUUCAAGUCCUUAAAAGAACUUCGUGAAGUCGAAGGAUUUUCCGAAAUCUUUUUAAAUCGCUUCCUUAAAAUGAAUGCUAUUACGUUAGAUUAGGGAAUGGCGCAUCGGUAUUUGUUCUUAAACGCGCCAUUUUUAAUUACAAUGAUGAUCUUAUCCGUUUAAGUGAAAUUUUAAACGGUUUAUUUAUAUAUUAACACGCUUAAAACAUAAUUGUUUCAUCAAUGUCAUUAAUUAUCGAAAAGAAAUUUUAAUGCUUCCUGUAACUGUUUUUUUUUUGUACCAGUAAGCUUAACUGUAAUAGAAAUAAUAAUAAUAAUAAAAGGAUUUUUAAGACUCAAAUUGGGUUCGUUUUUUAAUAGCAAUUAAUAAAUUCUGAUUAUUACUUUUUUAAUGUUAAAAAAAGCGUUAAAAAUAUUGUCUUCAGGUAAAACUGCUGAAGGAUCUGACUCGGCGUCGUUAGAACAAAAUGGAUUUUCGUUGGGGAAACGAUCAGAAUCGAUAAUUAAUUUCAUUUUUUUUUUUAUUUUCUAAGAACGCAAUUAAAAUUCCCUAAUUAAAAAUUAUGCCUUUAAGAUGCGCAUUAUAAAGUGAAUUUCUUUUUUCUCCUAAUUAGAGUCGGC